AUGCUCAGUGAUAUCAACGAGGAGGAGUUGGAGAAGGUUCGCUUUUUUGUUUUAUAUGGUUCUGAUUUUUUACAACUUUGAUGUUAUAGAUCGGAAGUGUUGAAGGUGUGAAUCAUUUGAGUCAAGGGAUGUUCCGUGACCCUGCGUUCUCGGUCAGUGGAAUCAUACAUGGACCGAACUCCCGGUUCAUGAUUCCCUUGUCUUUUCAACGGUACGGGAAUCACGAACAUGUCAACAUACUGGGUGUUGAUUCGCUGCGCAAGAUGAAGCUCAAUUUGGAUAUCAACUGGGAUCAGGACACAUUCAAACUAAUUAGAAAGUAA